AUGGAACUUUCUUCCUCACUUGUACUCUCCCCAAAACCAUCGUCGUCCCCACCAACUAACUUCUCUUUCUCAUCCUCCUUCUCUCCAUUCCCCAUCCAAAUUCUAAUAAAAAACUCCAAAUCUCCUCAAAGCCUACGCGUUUUCGCUGUUAGCAUAGACUCAACAAAAGAAUUCCCUAGAAACAACCCUCAACGACUUCUAAAAGAACUCGCAGAACGCAAAAAAAUCACUUCUCCAAAAUCAAAAUCCCCCUCAAGAAGAUACAUAUUAAAACCCCCACUAGAUGACAAAAAACUAGCAGAAAGGUUUCUCAAUAGCCCACAAUUGUCUCUCAACUCUUUCCCUUUAUUGAGUUCUUGUUUACCAUCCUCGCGCUUUAGCAAUGCUGAUAAACUAUGGAUCGACGAGUAUUUACUCGAAGCGAAACAAGCGCUCGGGUACUCACUUGAGCCGUCUGAGAUGUUAGAGAAUGAUAAUCCAGCGAAACAGUUUGAUACUUUGUUGUAUUUGGCGUUUCAGCAUCCUUCUUGCGAGAGAACGAAAAUGAAACAUGUUAAGUCUGGGCAUUCGAGGUUGGUUUUUUUGGGGCAGUUUGUGCUUGAAUUGGCAUUCGCUGAAUUUUUCUUGCAGAGGUAUCCGAGGGAGUCGCCGGGGCCGAUGAGGGAGAGGGUUUUUGGGUUGAUUGGGAAGGAGAAUUUGCCUAAGUGGAUUAAAGCUGCUAGUUUGCAGAAUUUGAUAUUUCCUUUUGAUAAUAUGGAUAGGAUUCCGAGAAGGGAUAGAGAGGGACCUGUCAAGUCGGUAUUUUGGGCUUUGUUUGGGGCAAUAUAUCUUUGUUUUGGUCUUCCGGAGGUGUAUCGUGUUCUUUUUGAAGUAUUUGGAAUGGAUCCGGAUGAUGAGGAUUGCCAGCCCAAGUUGCGGAGACAACUUGAAGAUGUAGAUUAUGUAUCUGCUGAGUUUGAAAGCAAACUAAACUGGCAAGAUAUUGUUGCUUAUAAGCCUCCUGCAGAUGCUCUGUUUUCUCAUCCAAGGCUGUUUAGAGCUUGUGUUCCUCCUGGCAUGCAUCGGUUCAGAGGAAAUAUAUGGGAUUAUGAUAGUAGACCCCAAGUUAUGAGAACACUUGGAUAUCCAUUAGAAAUGUCAGACAGAAUUCCAGAAAUUACCGAAGCCAGGAACGUAGAGCUUGGACUUGGACUGCAGCUUUCUUUCCUGCAUCCAUCGAAGUUUAAAUUUGAGCAUCCUAGAUUUUGCUUUGAGAGAUUGGAAUACGUUGGCCAAAAGAUACAGGAUUUGGUGAUGGCUGAAAGAUUGUUGAUGAAACAUUUAGAUGCUCCUGGGUUGUGGCUACAAGAAAAACAUCGCCAAGUUCUCAUGAACAAAUAUUGUGGAAGAUAUUUGAGGGCCAAACAUCUUCACAAGUUUAUUAUGUAUGAUGAUAAGGUCCAAGACGCUUAUGAGCGCAACAGGAGACGGAGAAACCCAGCAACAACAGCUGUUAAUCAAGCUAUUCACGGGCUCUCGUAUCUUGUUUAUGGGAAACGUGAUGUGAGACGUCUGAUGUUUGAGUUUUUCGACUUUGAGCAGGUCCAGCCUAAAGAGGUCUAA